AUUAUGCUCAUUAGACGGUCUAGCAGUCUUGUGUGAAAAUGUUGGUUCGUGCAACAAUCUUAGUUCUGUCGGUGCUUGCCACAGUGCAAGGCGAGGAAGUACAUGCGCUUCGCUCUUUGUUAGCGUUACGUGUGCCGUCGCGACGCUCACUAACACCGUGCGCUCGUGAACGUCGACAGGAUUGUGAGGAUUGCAGUACCGUAAAAAUUUGCAGCUACGAUCAGACACCGCUGACGCAGUUCCGCUGCCAGGAUGUUGAUCCCUCCAAACCUUACUGUAUUGGUGAGGGUAUUUGUAGCGAUACUGCCGAUCCCAAUGUCGUUUGCCGGAAGUCUAGUGAUUUGUGCCCGAUGGGUGCCCCUGGAUAUUAUCCGAAUCCAACAAACUGCUCCCGCUACUUGUACUGUGACGAAAGCAGCCUGGGCUUCGAACAGAGCUGUGUGGCAGCCAACAAUGUGUACAACCAGUCGAGUGGCUCGUGCUUUCUAAAACGCCGUUCGGCCGAUUGCUUCCAGGUGGAUUGCAACAAUGUGCGCAACAAGGAUAAGUGGUUCGUGUACGACCCCUUCCCGCAGCUGUACUUUCUGUGCUCAGCCAAUGGACCGCUGAUGUUUAAAUGUGCACGCGAAUCUGAUGUAUUUGAUCUGACAUUGAAACGAUGCGAGUUCCAAUGCCGCACGGCAGGCCGUUUCGUGCAUCCGGCUAGCGCCAACAUGUAUUACGAAUGUGCAUACAUCAGUACUUCCAAGCUGGAGAAGUAUGAACAAACCUGCCCACCUUUGCUUCAGUUCAAUGAAAGUGAACAAAAAUGUCUCCCUGUGGCGUAAAUGGUACGAAUGAAGUAGUAACUUCAAAACAAGAAACAAGAAAAAUGAGAAUGCUUAAUAAAGGAAAAUAUAUCUCAGCAGAAAAAUAGAUUGAAAAUAAAGUUUAGUGGAUGAUA